GUGAUGACAGCAAAUGACAGCACUGUUCGCUGCUGUUGGCUGUGAGACGGCUAGCCGCCAACAAACAACCCCUCUGAUUCAGGAAAUCGUAUUAUCAGCUGUGUUUGGACAAAGUGUGAACAACAACUACACGGUGAUUACGUUUGUCAUUUAGCCCUCGGCCCGUGUGAGCUGGUGAAGAUGGUGAAGCCAGACAUCCACACUCUGGCCCACCACCUGAAGCAGGAGAGGCUGUACGUGGCAUCAGAAAAGCAGCUGAUCCAAAAGCUCAACAGCGAUGUGCUGAAGACAUCUGAGAGGCUGUGCCGGGCCGCAUGGAUUGCCAAGCAGCAGAGGAUCAACCUUGAUCGACUCAUUCUCACCAGUGCGGAGGCCUCUCCGGCUGAAUGCUGCCAACAUGCCAAAAUGCUGGAAGACACACAGUUUGUCGAUGGCUACAAGACUCUGGGCUUCCAGGAGACGAUCUAUGGGGAGUUUUUGGCCAGGAUGAGGGAGAACCCCAGACUGGUAGCGUCCUGUCUGGUGGCAGGAGAGAGGCUGAACCAGGAGCACACCCAGGGUGUCAUCCAUACAGUUUUCACCUCACUUUACGGCAACUGUAUCAUGCAGGAGGACGAGAGCUACCUGCUACAGGUAUUGCGAUACCUGGUAGAGUUUGAGCUGAAGGAGAAUGACAACCCUCGGCGUCUUCUGCGACGAGGAACCUGUGCCUUCAGCAUCCUCUUCAAGCUCUUCUCCGAGGGCUUGUACUCAGCUAAGCUCUUCCUCACUGCCACUCUCCAUGAACCCAUUAUGCAGCUGCUUGUGGAAGACGAAGACCACCUUGAGACUGACCCAGCUAAGGUAACAGAGCGCCUCACUCCAGCCCAGCAGGAACGCUUUGGAGAGAAGGGCUCAGAUGGUUACAAACAAAGGGUGCAGGCAGCUGUGGAGGCCAAUGAAGCCAAGCUGGUAGCUUUGGUCAACAAGUUUAUCGGUUACCUGAAGCAGAACACCUACUGCUUCCCCCACAGCCUGCGCUGGAUCGUGUCACAGAUGUAUAAGACUCUGUCAUGUGUGGAGCGUCUGGAGGUGGGCGAGGUGCGCACCAUGUGUACAGACCUGCUGCUCACCUGCUUCAUCUGCCCAGCUAUAGUUAACCCAGAGCAGUAUGGCAUCAUCUCAGAUGCCCCCAUCAAUGAAGUGGCUCGCUUUAAUCUCAUGCAGGUGGGGCAGCUUUUGCAGCAGUUGGCCAUGGCUGAUGACGAUGCAGACCCAAGGCGGAAAAGCAGUUUGUCUAAAUUUGAUAAGAGUUGUGUUGCUGCCUUUCUUGAUGUGGUGAUUGGAGGAAGAGCAGUGGAGACCCCUCCCAUGUCCUCAAUGAACCUUCUCGAAGGCCUCAGUAGGACUGCGGUUUAUAUUUCUCAUAAUCAGCUGCUUGUGUUGGUGGACUUUGUUCGGAGCGUGAUGGCCGGAGACCACCUUCGGGAGGAGGAGCACAUGGCUCUAGAGACCCUGCUUGCCAACGUGCCCCAGUCUCGAACUGUGAAGAGUAAUAGUCUGGAGCUUACUCCCUCCAACACCCCUCAGCUCUCCCCAGCUACUACUCCUGCUAACAAGAAGAACAGGCUCCCAAUAGGACAACACUUAGCCGCUAUAACAUCCUGGGACCCCACAACCACCUCUCUGUCUGCUCACAUUCCAUUAGUAACCCCUUUUGCAGCAGCUCGGAGCCGAAGCCGUACCAACAUUGCCCAGGAGGGGGAGGCAGAGGCCAGCUCACAAGAGUCCCUGCAGGAGCUGAUGCCAGAGGAGGUGCUGGUGAUUUCACUAGGAACUGGUCCACAGACUGUCCCUGGGAUGAUGUCAGAGAAUGAGGUUUUGAACCUUCAAAUGGCCGAUGGGGCCCAGGGAGACGUCCAUGCUGAUGAUACUAAGCUGCAUGGUAAACCAGACAAAACCCUGCGCUUCUCCCUCUGCAGUGACAACUUGGAAGGCAUCUCAGAGGGCCCAUCCAAUCGUUCUAACUCUGUGUCGUCUCUGGACCUGGAGGGAGAGUCUGUCUCUGAGCUCGGAGCUGGACCAUCAGGAAGUAAUGGGGUGGAGGCUCUACAACUUUUGGAGCAUGAACAAGCCACCACUCAGGACAACCUGGAUGACAAACUGCGCAAGUUUGAGAUCAGAGACAUGAUGGGUCUGACGGAUGAUCGGGACAUCUCUGAGACGGUCAGCGAAACGUGGAGCACUGAUGUGCUGGGCAGUGACUUUGACCCCAACAUGGAUGAAGAUCGGCUGCAGGAAAUAGCUGGGGCAGCUGCAGAGAACAUGCUUGGCAGCCUGCUGUGUCUUCCUGGCUCGGGUUCAGUACUGCUGGACCCCUAUGGCUCCACCAUCUCAGAGACCACAAGUGAGGCCUGGAGCGUGGAGGUCCUUCCCAGUGACUCCGAAGCCCAAGACCUGAAACAGGAGGAGCGUCUGCAGGAGCUGGAGAGCUGCUCCGGGGUCGGCAGCACCUCAGACGACACAGAGGUCAGAGAGGUCAGCUCGAGGCCCAGCACACCAGGUCUCAGUGUUGUGUCAGGGAUCAGUGCAACCUCAGAAGACAUCCCCAACAAGAUCGAGGACCUGCGGUCAGAGUGCAGCUCAGACUUCGGGGGGAAGGACUCUGUGACCAGUCCAGAUGGGGAGGAGUCAGGCCACGGACACAGUCUGACAUCUCCCCCCUCACAGGCAGAAUCCUUACUCGCCAUGUUCGAUCCUCUCUCCUCGGGUGAAGGCUCCUCCACCGGAACAAUAGUGAGGCCUAAAGUACACUACGCCAGGCCUGCUCACCCUCCCCCCGAUCCUCCCAUCCCUGAAGCUAGUGCCCUGGGGCAGGAGACGCGCCACUCUCUCUUCAUGCCUCACUGCCUGGCCCAGGCUGAGCUGGAGCACACCAAGCAGCGCCACUCCUUCCCUGACAGGCUGGUCCGUAGCCGCAGCUCUGACAUCGUGUGCCCCGGCCGCCGGCCCACAAGUGACCCCGGCCUUAACCGGCGGGUAGCUGUAGAAGAGCGGGACCCUGCUGGAGUCUUUGCCUUAGGACCGUCCUCGUCGCCUAGCAAGGACUCCCUGAAAGGAGAGGUUGAGGACAGGAAAGACAGUGAUGAUGAGAAGUCUGAUCGCAACAGGCCAUGGUGGAAGAAACGAUUUGUGUCAGCCAUACCCAAAGCUCCAAUAGCAGCAUUUAGGAAAAGGGAAAAGCCAGAGAAAGAUGACAUCCCCCAUGAACGUGUCCCACAAGAUGACCCAAUGCCAAGACAGAACUUUCAAGCGCAGGCAGCUGAAGACAUCCUGGACAAAUACAGGAACAUUAAGAGGACCAGCCCGAGUGAUGGAGCCACAGGUGGAGCUUCCUACGAUGGUACAGGAGAUCUUUGUGUAGAAGAAAGUGUGCACGACUCUCCCAGAGAGGACACCCUGCAGAACAUUUCCACAGAUGACCUCCCGGACUCAGCCAGCCAGACAGCUCAGCAGCACGGCUCCAAGUUCUCUUUCAGUGAUGCAAAGAAGAAGUUGAGGUUGGCGUUGUGCUCUGCAGACUCAGUGGCUCUGCCAAUCAUGGCUCCUGCCACCACUCGCAAUGGGCUGCCUGAUCACAUGGAUCCUGAGGAGAAUGAGAUCGUCUGCUUCCUGAAGGUCCAGCUAGCAGAAGCCAUCAACCUUCAGGAUAAGAACCAGAUGGCUCAGAUCCAGGAGACCACACGCUGCGUCAGCCGCUUCGACGCACGCACCUGCAGGAAGCUGCUGGCUGCGAUUGCAGACGAUUACAGAAAGCGGGCCCCAUACAUCGCUUAUCUAACCAGGUGUCGUCAGGGCCUUCAGACCUCCCAGGCCCAUCUGGAGAGGCUCCUCCAGAGGGUGCUCAGAGACAAGGAGGUGGCUAACCGCUACUUCACCACAGUCUGUGUUCGGCUCCUCCUCGAACACAUGGAGUCAAAGAUGCUUGACUUCAUUAAAGCGUUCCAGGGGUGCACAGCAUCAGAUGACAAGACAGCAGCAGUGGAGGAUUUUCUGCGCUACUUGUACGGUGCCAUGGCCCGUGAUGCCAUUUGGCAAUAUGCAAGCGAGGACCAGCUGCAGGACGCCCAGAUGGCCAUCGAACGCAGCGUUAUGAACCGCAUCUUCAAACUGGCCUUCUACCCCAACCAGGAUGGAGACAUUCUCAGAGACCAGCUUUUCCAUGAACAUAUCCAGCGACUGUCAAAAGUUGUGACGGCAAAUCAUAAAGCCCUUCAAGUCCCAGAGGUUUACCUGAGGGAGGCCCCCUGGCCCUCCGCUCAGUCCGAGAUCAGGACCAUCAAUGCGUACAAGACACCACGAGACAAAGUCCAGUGUAUACUGCGAAUGUGCUCCACCAUCAUGAACCUCCUCAGUCUGGCCAAUGAAGACUCCGUCCCAGGAGCGGAUGACUUUGUCCCUGUGCUCGUCUUUGUCCUCAUAAGAGCAAACCCGCCCUGCCUGCUGUCCACCGUUCAGUACAUCAAUAAUUUCUAUGCCAGCCGGCUGAGUGGGGAGGAGUGCUAUUGGUGGAUGCAGUUCACCGCAGCGCUGGAAUUCAUUAAGACCAUCGACGAUCGCAAGUGAAGCAGAACAGCCACCUGUAUGGGCAGACUGCGGGGGAAGGAGCCGGGAGACUGGGAGACUUCCCAACCAACUGCUCCCUCUGCACAGCCUCUCAAACCUGGCCCUCAGCCUGCUCUUUAUUUGUAUAGCUUGUACAUAGCCAGAGACGUUGAAAGAUUACAAAAUAUAUAUUACUGUAUGUAAGUGGACAAAUCCAGGUUUUAGCCGUCUGAGAAAAAAAACAGCCUUGGGGAAAAAAUUGGCCAGAUGUUAACUUUGAACCUGAUUUAGAUUUUUCCUCUUUUGUCUCUUUAGUCAUGUUUCACUUUUGGGGUCUGUGUUAGGAAUUGUAUAUAAACACAGCUAUUAAUAUGACAUUAAAUCAACCUAAAAGAUAAUCCUAUAUAAAGGGACCAGACUUCCUUGAUGUGAUCACUGAUCUUUAUUUCCCCCUGAGUGAGAGGGAAGGGCUUCCAAUUAAAUUACAGUAUAAUGUUCAUUAAAUUCAUUGUAACGUGGGGAUUUACAGUGCGUGAUGGUUACUGAUGGGAUUUAGAGACUCAUAAACACUGAUAUUAAUUCACAAAAACCAUAAUACUCAGAGGGUUAGUGUAUCAAACAGUCGGGCAGCUUCUUUCAUGAAUUGUUUACUUCAUCUUAUUCCCAAACACGAAUGUGUCAGUGAGAAAUUGGACAUAAGGGCCCACAUAUUUAUAUGAAAUAAAAUGUAUUUAUUUCUGUAAUUCUAUUUAAUUCUUUGUUUAUCAUUUGAAAAAAAAAAAAAAAAUCCAAUCGUGCCCAGUUGAAAUGUCUGAGGCAAGCGGUGUUAUUGUUAUAAACUUGCUAGAAAAGCUGGAGUUAGGAAAGGCACCUUAGCGAUGAGUAGCCCAUGUGUGUGUGUGUGUGUGUGGGGGGGGGGGGGGGACGCUGGGCGGUCAGGAAACAGGGUCGAAUGUGUACAGAGAAGUGUUGGCAUUUUAUGGAAAUAUUGAAAACAGUGCCUUUGAUGUUGGGCGCUCUGUACAUGUGUUUAUUUUUAGCUUCUUUUUUUUUUUUUUAAACCCAGGAUAGGCAUUAUCCCCACCUCACCACCACGUACAAACACUCCAACGGCCAACCACGCAUCACCACAUCACUGAUUGUCAAGGCUCAGUCCCUUUAAGGCACUUCAAUAAAUAUCCCCUCUGGUAUACUAGAUCCUACCUCAGAGUUGGAACCAAUGAGCCUGAUAUCAGCCUGUAUACAGUUACUGUCCUGAAUUGGUUGACGACAGAGCUCUGGAUCAUUUUUGCACUGGGUAAAAACAGUAAAACAUUCAGGAGGAAAGGGGAGGAAAAAUUGGACAUUGAGCUACUGUGAUGGUUUGGUCACAUCACCCUUAAUUAACGCUCGCCUUUGUUAGCGAACAAAGACAUUUUAGUUGCUAAUCUGAUACUUGAGAUGCCACGUGACCACAUGGGCAGACUAUUGGAUAUUAGCUCUCUACCUCCUCCUAAGUUUCAAGAAAGGGACUUUUUGCUUAUGUGCACUUACAUUUCUUUCUUUCUUCUUUCCUUUCAAUUUGGCGGGCUGUGUUAUCCCAGUGUCAUUGUAACUUUCCAAUUAGCGUACACGCAUGUCUUUAAUUAUCCUGGAAAUGGCUAAACACUCCCCCUUUCCUGAAAUCCUCUGCUUCUUUUUUGACUUGCCACAUGUAUUAUAGUUUUAGUUACCCCGUUACUUUUCUUGGCAAACAACCUGACAGCACAAAACACAGAAGGAUAAAAGAGCAAAUAAUCAACACUAUUGACUUGUUACUGACUUUAUGCUACAGUGAUUGGUGUAGUACGUGUGUGUGGUUUUUAUCUAGUGAGCGUGUGUGUGUGUGUGUGAGCUGAGUGUGGGAUUGCGGGAUUGCUUGACCCUCUGCCUCCUCUUGCAUGAAGUCAUUGGAUGGUCUGUAGCUCCUCUAUUAUGAUAAACAGUAGAAUAUGAUUACUAUCUGCCACAGGCCAGUAAUUGAACCUGCAAGAGGAUGCAAAGCUCCUCUUUGUGUCCGUGAUACUUGCAUAUCAGAACUCGAUGAUUUAUUUUGCACAAAACAGAUGUGUUUUCCUGAACAAAUUUACAGGGAGCAGUGCAUUUUCCAUUACUUCUAGCCUUUGCAGUCAUUAACAUGAACAUAUUGUGAUUAGAAUAACAUUUGAGUAGCUACGUUUUUCACCUGACUGUUACUCUUUCAAGCUGAUGAAUUUACAGGGACAUCAAAACAGUUUUUUUUUAAUGUCUGUCAACAGUAGCAUAUGCACCACAUGUAUCCAUGUUUUGGUGGUGUACUCUUUGCAGCGUCUGUGUAAUCAAUUUGAUGAGAAAACCAUGCACUGGAAAAUCAGGUUGCAGGUUGCAUCUAUGCUAAUUAGGUUUAUGUGAUGUCACUUUAAUAGGAAAUACAUACUCCACAAAUCUGAUGAAAUUAUUUGGGACCUGGCUUAUGUUUCUCCACAGAUAGCCCGUCUCUGCAGCUACAGACAACGAGUGACGUACUGAUCAAAUCAACACAUUAUUUCUAUACACGACUGUAAUAGCAACUUUAACUUUAGCUCUGAUUGUAUGCAAAGUAAACAGGCCAAAGAGCAGGUCUGUUCCUCAAAGCUUUACUGCUCUGCUCCCUGUACAAUUGAGUCGAAAGGCCAAGCAGAGGAAAAUAAAAGUUUUACAUCUUACAUCUAAUUUUACAUUUAACUGUAAGCUUGCACAACUAUGACAUGCGGGGAAAGUCGGUUUGUCUUUACUGUGAUCAAUGCAUUAUGUAAUUCUUUAAAAACAAUAAAGAAGCAGAAGUUUU